CUUCCGCGGCUUUCCGCUGGGUCGCAGCCAUCUUGCCAUUGCGUUGUAGCCUUCGUGUGGGGAGCUUAACCUCACCGCCGUACCGGUUGUCACCCUGAGGCGGACUGGCAGCUCUGAGCGUCGCAGUCAUGCCCGCCGGACCCGUGCAGGCGGUGCCUCCGCCGCCGCCAGUAGCUACUGAGCCCAAACAGCCAGUUGAAGAAGAAGCAACAUCAAAGGAGGAAUCCACUCCCUCCAAGCCAGUGGUAGGGAUUAUUUACCCUCCUCCAGAGGUCAGGAAUAUCGUUGACAAGACUGCCAGUUUUGUGGCCAGAAAUGGGCCUGAAUUUGAAGCCAGGAUCCGACAAAAUGAGAUCAACAACCCCAAGUUCAACUUCUUAAAUCCCAAUGACCCUUACCAUGCCUACUACCGCCACAAGGUCAGCGAGUUUAAGGAGGGGAAGGCUCAGGAACCCUCAGCUGCCAUCCCCAAGGUUAUGCAGCAGCAGCAGCAAGCCACCCAACAACAGCUGCCCCAGAAGGUCCAAGCCCAGGUGAUCCAAGAGACCAUAGUACCGAAGGAACCCCCUCCUGAGUUUGAAUUCAUCGCUGAUCCCCCCUCCAUCUCAGCCUUCGACCUGGAUGUAGUGAAGCUGACAGCUCAGUUUGUGGCCAGGAAUGGGCGCCAGUUUCUGACUCAGCUGAUGCAGAAAGAGCAGCGCAACUAUCAGUUUGACUUUCUCCGUCCGCAGCACAGCCUCUUCAACUACUUCACAAAGCUGGUGGAGCAGUAUACAAAGAUCUUGAUUCCACCCAAAGGCUUAUUUACAAAGCUCAAGAAAGAGGCUGAAAAUCCCCGAGAAGUUUUGGACCAGGUGUGUUACCGAGUGGAAUGGGCCAAAUUCCAGGAACGUGAGAGGAAGAAGGAAGAAGAAGAGAAAGAGAAGGAACGAGUGGCCUAUGCUCAGAUUGAUUGGCAUGAUUUUGUAGUGGUGGAGACAGUGGAUUUCCAACCCAAUGAGCAAGGAAACUUCCCUCCCCCAACAACACCAGAGGAACUGGGAGCCCGAAUCCUCAUUCAAGAGCGCUAUGAGAAGUUUGGGGAAAGUGAGGAGGUGGAGAUGGAAGUUGAGUCUGAUGAGGAGGAUGAGAAGCAGGAAAAGGCUGAAGAGCCUCCUUCCCAGCUGGACCAGGAUACUCAAGUACAGGACAUGGAUGAGGGUUCAGAUGAUGAAGAAGAAGGACAGAAAGUGCCUCCACCCCCAGAGACACCCAUGCCUCCACCUCUGCCCCCAACUCCAGACCAAGUCAUUGUGCGAAAGGACUAUGAUCCCAAAGCUUCCAAGCCUCUUCCUCCAGCUCCUGCUCCUGAUGAGUAUCUUGUAUCCCCCAUCACUGGGGAGAAGAUUCCUGCCAGCAAAAUGCAAGAACACAUGCGUAUUGGGCUUCUUGACCCUCGUUGGCUGGAGCAGCGAGAUCGCUCCAUCCGAGAGAAACAGAGUGAUGAUGAGGUUUAUGCACCAGGUCUGGAUAUUGAGAGCAGCUUAAAGCAGUUGGCUGAGCGCCGUACUGACAUCUUUGGGGUAGAAGAAACAGCUAUUGGUAAGAAGAUUGGUGAAGAGGAGAUCCAGAAGCCAGAGGAAAAGGUGACUUGGGAUGGCCAUUCAGGUAGCAUGGCCCGGACCCAGCAGGCUGCCCAGGCCAACAUCACCCUCCAGGAGCAGAUUGAGGCCAUCCAUAAGGCUAAGGGCCUGGUGCCAGAAGACGACACUAAGGAGAAAAUUGGCCCCAGCAAGCCCAAUGAAAUUCCCCAGCAACCACCACCUCCAUCUUCAGCCACCAACAUCCCCAGCUCAGCACCCCCGAUCACAUCAGUGCCCCGGCCACCUGCAAUGCCGCCUCCAGUUCGUACCACUGUUGUAUCUGCAGUACCUGUCAUGCCUCGGCCACCCAUGGCAUCUGUGGUCCGGCUGCCUCCAGGCUCAGUGAUCGCCCCCAUGCCACCCAUCAUCCAUGCACCCAGGAUCAAUGUGGUACCUAUGCCUCCUGCUGCACCUCCCAUCAUGGCACCCCGCCCACCUCCCAUGAUUGUGCCAACAGCCUUUGUGCCUGCCCCACCUGUGGCUCCAGUCCCAGCCCCAGCUCCAAUGCCUCCUGUACACCCCCCACCUCCUAUGGAAGAUGAGCCUCCAUCCAAGAAACUAAAGACUGAGGACAGCCUCAUGCCUGAGGAAGAGUUCCUGCGCAGGAACAAGGGUCCAGUGUCCAUCAAAGUGCAGGUACCCAACAUGCAGGAUAAGACAGAAUGGAAGCUGAAUGGACAGGGACUGGUCUUCACUCUCCCACUCACAGACCAGGUUUCUGUCAUCAAAGUGAAGAUUCAUGAAGCCACAGGCAUGCCUGCAGGGAAACAAAAACUACAAUAUGAAGGCAUUUUCAUCAAGGAUUCCAACUCCCUGGCUUACUACAACAUGGCCAGUGGUGCUGUCAUCCACUUAGCCCUCAAGGAGAGAGGUGGCAGGAAGAAGUAACGAGAAAUUUCUGCAGUUGAGUUCCUGCCUUGGACCUCUUCUUUCACCACUUCUUCCAGGAGCUUCUCUGGAACCUCAAGCACAGCCUGUGCAUUUGUUUCCCUCUUAAAUCAGUUUGGAAAUUCACCUUGUUCUUAGAGUUGUUGCCCACUAUCUAACCUGACAUGGGUAAGAAUAGCAGAGCUUUCUAAGCCAGUCUGUGGAAUGACUUCAUGUUAGGUUCUGGAUUGGAGGUUCUUCAGGAAGCCAUUAGGGAUGGAAAACCCAGGGCUUUCCUGCUGGACAGUUCCAUAAUGCCAAGUGAUGGUUGGCUGAUAGGAUAUGGUUACUGUCAUUGAUCAUUUUGUAUCAUGCUUUGGUCUUUCUAAUAAACCUCUUGAAGCCAGGCAUGACUUGCAUGCCUGUAAUCCUGGGACUUGGGAAGUGCUGACAGGAUAAUUAGAUGUUCAAAGUUACCCUCACCUGUAGAGCUUGAGGCCAGCCUGGGCUGUGUGAGAUAUUGUGUUAAACAAAAAGUAUUUUUAAAAUUAAAAACAAAACACCUCUUGGA